AUGAAUGUUAACAAAUCUACCAAAAGUUUGUUCAUAAAAAGCGAAGAUGAAGAAGAUCUGAAAAGUAAAUUACUUCAAGAACUUUACGACGAAAUUUUCUUAGACCAUCAAAUUGAAAAUGUUUCAAAGGCGAGAUCUUUAGUUCGCGAAAUUGAUGAAUUGACUUUUAUUCAGAGCCAUGCAUGUCGAAUCAAGUUGAUAGAUGACUUAAUUAAAGCAUUAGAGCAAUGGAACGACAAUCCACAGGAUAGUGCCGGCGAUAUUCGUAUAAAGAAAGCUGAAUUGCUCAAAUUAAAUACGAAUUUGGUGGAGAUAAUAAUAUUUCAGAUAAGAAGUACCCAACAUCUUACAAUUUGCUUCAGCCAUUUGGUAAAAUAUUAUACAGACUCCAUGAAAGGUGAAUCAAAGACAUAA